AGCUGGUUCUUUUAAUAAAUUGUUUAAAACACUCAGUUGUUGUGAGUGCAAGUUCUCAUUACUUUCAGUGAGGUCUCAAAAUGAAGCAACUUUUUUGAGCACUAAAGGUUAGUGAAACAAAUCAGAGAUGACUGGUUGCUUAUACAAAAAAAAAAUCAUUAUCUAAAGCUGCUAUUUUUAUGCUGCGUCUGAAAGCUAAAAAUGCUGCCUCUGCAGGCAGCAUACAGAGGUAGGAAGGUAUCAAGGCUCGUCAGAAUCCUAUGAUCGUGUCACAUCCUGUCCAUCUGAUCAAUUUUUGAAGGAUGCAUAGAUGUAUCCUACGCUCCCUUUGAUAUCCUUUGUAUUUGAUUCUGUGACAAUAAAAUAGCGAACGCUGUGAUUUAAACAAACUGAGUUCCAAUGUUUCUGAACAACUUUUUCAACUUUUAAUUUAAUUUCUAGCAAAACAAUUACUGUAGUAAAUAAUAUUACAUAAAGCUCACUGAAAAGUGGGAUAUGGCAUUUUAUUAUAUUAUUAAUGUAGACAUGCAUUAAACAUGAAAGGAGUAAUGGUUAUUAAGCCAUAGCAUUUGUUUUUAUACUAAAUGUAUUUAGGCUACUGUUCUUCAUGCAAAUACUAUAGAAACCAUAUGGUUACAUUUUACCAUAGUAGUGAGGUGCUAUGUGUGGUUUUACCAAUGGCUCAUUUUAAAAGUAGAAUCCUUACUGAAACUUGGAAUAUUUACAGAAUAUUUACAUUUUUACCCUAAUAUGAGGUUGUAAAAACAAAUUUUAUAGAUGUCAUUGUUUUUGUUAAUUACAUCUGCAUCGUGUCAAAGUCAGGAAACAAAAACCUGUUUCAUGAUUUAAAACAAUAUCACCCAUUAGAACAUGUUCACCCAUAUUUUGUUAAGGAAAAAGGAUUAUACUUAAGUUUAUUCAUGCAUAUUUUGAUAUUAUAAGUGCUCUGAAUAUUGUACCUCAUAUUUGUGAAAUGUUCACCUGUUUGGUAAGUUUGUCAUGUUCUUUCUACAACUUUCACUCAGGAGAACAAAAUCUGCCUUUAAACUUGAAAGCAUUAAAAUUUGUCAUUUAUUAAGAUAAUUAUCAAUAUCGACUGAUAUGAAAAGUUUAAUCAUGAUCAUUAUCUCCCAGCUCUACUUGAAACUAAUGCAAACCUGGACAAGCAAUAACAUCAUACUUCACAUUUUAUUUUUGAUUGUCAGAGCUCAUCCUGCUUUCAUCCAUAGUUUUCUCUAUCUCAAGAUCCUUGUAAAAUAAUAAUCUCCUCAGUGAAUAUAGCUCUAGCAUCACAUCCUCUUCCUCCUCCACACCCUGCUCUCAAACCCUGGCAACUGGAGUACAGCCAGUCUCAGCCGCAUAUUGGCACUGACUCAUGAAUGAUUCAUUGUGUGGGCGGGACCUAAUGCUGAGAGCAGAUGCGUUACAGUAGGUUGGAUGGCUGAUGCUUUGAAAGACAUGACAGCCAGCCAAUGGUGUCAAAGCAGAGACUCAGAACAGCCAGUGCAAUACACAGUUCCAGAUUAAGGUGGGGCAGGGGGAGAGAGAGAGAGAGUGUAAGCGGCAAGAAAGAUAACACACAGACGAGCAAGAGGCUGCUCCAUCACCCUGCAUACCAGACACUCACACCCAGUAUGAACAUGUCCAGCAGUUCUGCUCUGAUCCAGCAGAUCUAUCCCUUUCACGACGGCUGGAAUGUUGCCUGCUUCAUCAUCCUCCUCCUCUUCAUCCUCACCAUCCUCUCCCUCGCCACACUGGCAUUCCUCUAUGAGCUGCUGGACUGCGGCUGCUUCACCAAAACUAAAACCGUUCGUGACCUGCGCCGCCAGCACGACGAGGUGGUUUAGUUGUAACCAUGGUGACAGCGGACACGGUCUCCAUAGGAGCCACAACAGUAGAUCGGUGGAAAAGGCUGCAGAUUUGGACGGAGCUCUUCACCAGAUUGGAGUCCCUUAAAACACGCCAGACACAUACAGAGACAGAAGCACUCUACUCCCACUAGCUCCAACAGCAAUACACAGCACAGGUGUCUCCAUGGCUUAAAAUAUUACAUGAGAUUUAGACCAGAAAGAGAGGGAAAAACUUGCUUGUUUGCUUAUUGUCUCCUUAUAGUCUGCAUUCAGUAUUCCAGUGCUAUUGUGUGAUGACUACAUAAAACUGUUGUAUUUUU